AUGUUCGUUCGCAUUGUGGGGUUGCUCUUACUCCUAAGUGUCUUUGAGGCCCGACAUCUUGUUAUAAGACGCGGCAGCAAUGCCUAUGGAGAUGAAAUGGUAGUGCCUUCUGGUGGUGUUGGUACUGGUGCCAUCCAGGCUCCUGCACCCGAACAACCCGCUGCAGUCGUCGUUCAGCCACCGCCAUCAGUGGAGGCCAAAGUCGUAGAAAGCGGAUAUCUUGCUGCCUAUACAGUAGUAACAGCUUUUGAUUUGAAACACUCUUCACCCAAGGCUGUGGGACCUUGCAUCCUGAAUCGUUGCCCACGAGGAUUCCUGUGCUCUGAUGCAGAAUGUGUCCCCAAUGAGAGUGAAAGAAUCAGCGUGACAGAAAAAAAAAAAGAUCUGCGUCUCCUCGAAAGUGCUCGAAUAAAUCCAAAACAUCAAGUCGAGACACUUGGACCAUGCGUGAACAGUUUGUGCCCAAAGACAUAUCAGUGCAAUGAUAACACCUGUAUACGACCUAAACCCAAAGUGCGUGCCGACGCCGAUCCAAUUGGUCCGUGUGUCAACGAUCAAUGUCCGGACUAUCACGUUUGUGUCGUCGGCGAAUACAAGUGCUAUCCAAUGGAAUAA